AUGGUGGUGAAGCAAACUAUGGUGGUGGUGGUGAAGGGUAAUAAGCUUGUGGAGACUGCCGCUGCGAAGAUGAUCCAAAUUGUCGAGGAUGUGGAAGGUGGGUGGGGUGGAGUGGAAGGUGGUGAUGGUGGUGCUUGUAUGGCUGUGGAAGGUGGAAGGUGGCUCUCAACGGAGGAGGAAGCCAUGGCCGGGGCUUGUGGGUGGGGUGGUGGUGCUUGCGUAGCCGGAGCUUGUGGGUGGGGUGGGGUGGAAGGUGGCGGCGGUGGUGGUGCUUGCAUAGUCGUGGAAGGUGGAAGGUGGCCAGCAGCUUGUGGGUGGGGUGGGGUGGAAGGUGGUGGUGGUGGUGUUGCUUGCAUGGUUGUGGAAGGUGGAUGGUGGCCAGCAGCAACGGAGGAAGAAGCUACGGCCGGAGCAGCUUGUGGGUGGGGUGGUGGUUCUUGCAUGGCUGGGGCUUGUGGGUGGGGUGGGGUGGAAGGUGGUGGUGGUGUUUGCAUUGCCGUGGAAGGUAUGGAAGCCAUGGAGGAGGGUUUGUCUUGA